GGAGAAGGAAAUAAAAGGGCCAAAAAAAAAAGGGCGGCGAGAGUUCUUUUUCAAUUCUCCCUCUUCUCUUCAUCGCUCGCAAUCCCCUUCUCCCAUCUUCUCCUUCUAUCCCUAAACCCUCCUCGUCCCCGUUUCCUCUCUCUGUCUCUGUCUCUCUCUCGCUUGCUCUCCCUCCCCCCUGGAUCGCAAGAUGAGCGGAGGAGGUGCUAGGGUUUCGAUCCCCGCGGGGGUCCGGCGGACUAUCCAGAACAUCAAGGAGAUCGCCGGAAACCACAGCGACGAGGAGGUCUAUGCAACCCUCAAGGAAUGUUCCAUGGAUCCCAACGAGACAGCACAGAAGCUCCUCCUCCAAGACACCUUCCAUGAGGUUAAACGCAAGCGCGACAAGAGAAAGGAGAGUGCCAGGGAGCCUGCUGAGCUUAGGUGGGGGACUGGGGUGCACAGACGAGGAGGUAGGGGAGGUCAAGCAAACUAUUCACAUUCGUUGCCUAAUGAUGCCACUGCUGGAAGAAAUACAACAUUAGGGAAGGAGAAUGGGCUAAAUCAAGGUGCAAAUAAAGCGAAUACAUCAUUCUCCACCACUCCUGAUACAGGCAAUAAAUCUGCAAUUUCACUAUCAGGCUCUGUUUCUGGUGUCACGAAUGGUCCCAGCAAUGCAGAACAUUCUGUGUCAUCUCAGUUAUCUCAUUUAUCUGGUGUUCAUGGCAUUCUGUUGGAAGAAGCACGUGAUGCUAUAAACACUAAGACUGCAAAUUCGAGAUUACCUCCCAAAGGUGUAAAAGGUGGUUCUGCAUCCAGGCAAUUAGCACGAGAUAUAGACCAAUUAUCUUCAAACAAGCCAGUUGCGGUACCAUCUAUUGAUACACACAGCUCUGCUCAGUCAGGAACUAUAAAACAGAUCAAGUCACACGGAUCAGGAACAAAUGUAUCCUCUGAAAAAUUCCAAGUUACAUUUUCAUCUUUCCCUGCGGCUAAUGGCAGUAGACAGUCAUCUACUUACAGCAGUCGCUUUCAACAUCUGAGUGGUUUUCAGAAAGCAUCUCAUCCUAACAAAGAGUGGAAACCAAAGUCAGUACUUGUGAACCCUACUAAGGCAUCUGAGACAAACAAUACACCUGAAGUAACAGUAGUGACUGAAGCUGUUUCCCAGUCAUUGCCAGCUUCUCAUUCAGUGGAUUCAGUAGAAGACACUGUAAAUCUAGAAGAGAAGGUAGAGAAACUGAAGCUAUCUGACAUAAAGCAUGUGAUUAUUCCAGACCAUCUCCAGGUUCCAGAGGCACAAAGACAUGGUUUGAGUUUUGGAAGUUUUGAUGCCAAUUUUCAGUUGAAUGUGCUUGUUUCCAAGGACCCUUCCAGAGAUGAUGUCGAGGAACUACACUAUGAACCGUAUCAUGAGAUUGAUGAAACUAUCGAGCACCAUUCUUUAAGCAACAAUGAAACAUCCUCAGAUACCAAAGAUGAUGACUUUCCUGAACACCCUCAAUCCUCUGAACAUGCCCCUGAUAGUUAUUUAAUCAAGGAAAUUGUUGUUUCCAAUAGUGCAUCACUUGCAGCAGAAUACAACCAGCCCAACCAAGAAAUUAGUUUGGCUCCAGAAGUUCCUCAGAAUUUUGUUGUUGAAUCUGCACCAUCCUACCCACCUGAAGGACUGGUAUUACAGCUUGGGAGCCAACUUGCACCAGUUGAAACCUCAGAACCCCAGGCACUUGAUACCUCACAUCUCCCAAGUUUACUGGUUCGGCAAUCAUAUGAUCCAUCUGCUAGUUACUACACCUCGUUUUAUCGUCCAACACCUGAUGCUGAUGGCCGAAUCUCUCCUUUCUUUGCAUCUGGAGUAUCUGCUAGGUAUAAUGGGAAUGUUGCUGUUCUGCCUGCUCAUACUGGACAGACUUCUCCUGAGAAUACCAACUCAGCUGUGCUAUCGACAGUUGGUUCAACACUUGGAACUCAAGCUGCAGGCACUUUGCUGGGUUCUCCUGCUUCCCAACAGCCAGUUCCUUUAUUCCAUCAACCUGCUGGAUUCCACAUAUCUCAUUACCCUCCCAGCUACAUUCCCUACGGUCAAAUUUACCCACCUUUCUAUGCCUCUCCACAAGUUCACCAUUUCUUGAGUGGCACUGCAUUCCCUCAUCAACCUCCCACAGGCAGCAUGUACUCAAACCCUGGAGCUGCAACUCCUGCCGCUGCAGUCAAGUACUCUCUUCCCCAGUACAAACCUGGUUCUAACGCUGUGAAUCCAACUAUUAUUGGAUUACCAGCUGUUUAUGGAACAUAUAACUCAACCCAACCUGGAUAUAAUUCUGGUCAUGCUAGUAGCACUGGAAACUCAACUACCAAUGAGGAUCGCACAUCAUCCCAGUUUAAGGAUAAUGGUGUCUACAACUCUGGACAGCAGAGUGAAGGCCCAUCUGUCUGGAUUCCUGCAAUUGGAAGAGAGAUUUCUUCCCUUCAGGCCAGCUCUUUUUACAACAUUCCCCAGGGACAACCCAUGACCUUUCCACCGACACAAGCUGGCCCUGGCUCCUUCAGUGGUGUCUUCCCACCUACACAGACAGUUGCUAGCUCCAUUCAUCCUUUGCUUCAGCAGUCACGCACAGUUGCUGGGGCGGCUGCUGAAAUUCUGAGCUCCCCUGCUGGUGUUUAUCAACAGCCACAACGCACACAGAUAAAUUGGACCAAUAAUUAUUGAAGGAUUCAAACAUAAGCUACAUUGGCCACAGCCCAAUUAUCUGCUCUACGAGGUUUAUUCAAGAGUAUCUCGAGUGAAAAGAGUAAUAUAUAUAUAUAUAUAUAUAUAUAUAUAUAAAGGGUAGCCAUCCUCCAUGGCAAGGCUUCAGGGUUCGGAGUCAAUAAACUUUCACAGUUUGCAAUACUUGUGACUGAUACCGACUUUGUUUCCUGCUCAUUCUUUGCCAGUUGCUUGUUUUUUAUUUUCGGUUGGUGUUUUUAUUUCACUAGGAGGUUACUGUGAGUUGAUGAAACGCACUUUACCUGCAUUUGCUUCGGCCACUUGAGAUGAGGCCAUAAAACAUUAGAUGCUAAGAAUUUCUAAGCUAGGGAAUUUUCAUUCAUUCCACUGUCUUGAUGUAAAUUAAAUUUUGCUUUUUUGGGGGGGAAAGUACAUUGUAGAUGAGAUGUUUGGUCAAUCUGUUAGCAGGACAUUUGAAGUUAUAUUCUAUGAA